AUGGUGGGUCUCCAUCUCCAGUUAUCCUGUUUUUUUUUUUCUCUUACAUUUUUUUCUUCCAUCUGUACGCUUGAUCGGUGGUUUUGAUGUUCUUCUGCCCUGAGUUCUUCUUCCUCUGGAUUUUCCAAAGGUUUUCAAGCGGUACGUAGAGAUCGGGCGCGUGGCCCUCGUCAACUACGGCAAGGACUACGGGAGGCUCGUUGUCAUCGUUGAUGUCGUCGACCAGAAUCGGGUAAGGUCUUCUACGAAUCGCCCUCCCACUGUAUGCCUUCUCGCCUGAUUUUCUCGUUAAACCCUGUAAUGUUGAUGAGCGAGAGAUACUUUGUCUUCUCAUGUUGCAAAUGAUUUGGUUUGGUUUGGUUUGGUUUGGUUUGCUUCGGAAUGCUUCACAGCAACGGGGGAUGGUCAAACUUGAUGACUCUCUACGCUGGCUUUUCAAAUCUUGCCGUCGAUUUCUCCUCGCCUAUGACUUAUGAUCGUUGUGCUUCUUACGAGAACUCUCGCAUUACAUGCCUGUCAACUGCAUUAUUCUCCCUCUAGCACGUGGAAAGAAUUGACAGCUCUCUAGCUUUUUAUGUUAUAUUUUUACACGGGCGCUCAAUCGUUUGGGAUCCAUUUUUUUUUCCUCUUUUUUAGCUGACAAUAUUCAUUGACGUGACCCUGAAUCUAUGUCAGCAGCUGUGCUUAAAUAUUAUUGAGGAUUACGGUUCUCUUUUACUCAUUGGUUUACUUUACUGGCUUAAAACAUUCAGUUCAUCAUGAAAACCAGAACACGAAAAUCGCCGAAGGCGACUGUUGAUCUAUCUCAUCAUUUCCUUUUCACCAAAUAGAUUCUUCCUGUAGUUUUAAGCAAGUUUCUUAGACUCGCGCUCUCCCAGAAUCCCUUUGUUUUUUUUUCUCGUAUCAUCUGAAAUGGUCAACUAUAUCCACGUUUCAGUAUAGAUUGUAUUUUUCUUUUGAAAUGUUGACCUGGCUGUAUGGCGUCUGCAAUUUCUUCUGGGGUGGCUCUUCAUUUCAUUCCAUCUAGAACUUGAAUCGACUCCAUCUUUAACACGUAAUAUUUCUGUAAGGCGUGAGCGCAGAUCCGCUUUUAGUGGAUGCUGGGUGCCCUUCACAACCAGAAGCCGCAUUAUUAAAAUGCGGCCUUUUUAUCUACAUUAUGCCUCGCCUGUGUGGUCUUUUGAUGUAUUAUUAAACGUGGAUUUAAAUGCAAUAGGUACUCAUGAAGAUAUUUUCCAGCUAUGAGCAAGUGUUUGAUAUCAGAAGAUAAUUUUAUUAUUUUCCGCAUGAAAUCAUUGCAGCUGAGGACUAAAUUGGCUUUGCAUGAGAGAUUGGUAGUUAUAGUGUACAAUGGGCGAUACCUCGCUUGCUAUGACUCCGUUGACUUGGUUUUAUUCCUUAUAGUUGCCAUUUAUAUUUCUAGAGCAUGAUAUCUUCCAAUCCAUACUCGAAUGGGCCUGCAAUGAAAUGCUAAUCAGAUUAGAAAUUAAUUUUUGGAACGCAUUUGAAACUAUUAACUUGUUAAUUGUUCCCUGCAUGUUACCACCGUUUUUAGUGGAAUCAUCAAGGUGAAAUUAUUUGGAUUUGCUGAAGCUGACACUACUCUGAAGUAGAUAUCUAAGAUAGAAAACGUGUCCUUGUACAGGUUCUUGUUGACUAUCCAGACAUCGUCCGAGGGCAAAUGAACCUCAAGAGGCUUCAGCUGACCGACUUGAAGAUCGAAAUUCCCAGAGUGCCAAAGAAGAAGACUCUGGCUGCUGCUCUGGAAGAGGCUGGUGGGUCCACUGUUUCCAGGAAUCUUGGAGGGGGGAUGGGGGGUUGGAUCUCCUAGCUUUAAUCCCUUCAUUCCUCAUCUCUAACGUGCUGAUGUGGCAGAUAUUAAGAACAAGUGGGAAAACAGCUCUUGGGGCAGGAAGCUGAUCGUGCAGAAGCGGAGGGCCGCCCUCAAUGAUUUCGACAGGUUCAAGGUUAUGCUGGCCAGGAUCAAGGUUCGUGUCUCAGCUCAGCUUUUAUCACUCAAUAUUGAAUAAAAUCUCGAUUAAGAUCUGGGCUCUGAAGCAUUCUCCGGAACCACGUUGACUUUGGGCCUGGGCCGGCCCAUCGCACCGCUCAUUAAGACAACCUCUGACCACUACAUUGUGCAUUCUCUCCUCCCUUGCAGAGAGCUGCUGUUGUGAGGCAGGAGCUUGCGAAGCUAAAGAAGACGGCCACCUAA